CUGACACAUUGCCUCAACUCAACCAAGACAAGAAGCUUCAGCAGAAUCAGCCAAAGAUGUUUCCUCUCCGUCUUCUGCAGUCUUCAUAUAGGACAAUAUGUGUCUGUAGGGAGCCUGCCCUCACUCUCUGGCCGGCUACACAGCUCAUGUUUGGUCUGCUGGAAGAUGACAUGAUGGGCAUGAGGAAGGACAUGGAGAGGAGAAGGCAGCGUGUCAACCAGGCUUACCAGCUCCUGGCCCAGGACAUGGAACGGAGAGCCGAUCUGACCAGAAGCUCUGCAGCCGCUGACAGAAACCCUUCCACCACAGGCAAAGAGGAGAAGGAAAACUUUGAGCUCACCCUGGACGUCAGCGGCUUUUCUCCUGAGGAGCUGACAGUGAAAACGGAAGGCAGGAGGCUCAUUGUCUCAGGAAAACAUGACAAGAAAAAGGAGGCAGAGAAUGGCGGCUAUUUCCAUGAGUACAGAGAGUGGAGACGAGAAGCUGAGCUCCCGCAGGACGUCCACCCUGAGGACAUACUGUGCUCCAUGUCCAAGGAUGGCCAGCUCCACUUUCAGGCUCCCAGACUGGCGCUACCAGCUGCUGAAGAAAGGACUAUUCCUAUCACCCAGAGCCCAGGAGAUGGAGAAGAAAACCCCCUGGAGAUCCAGACCAGUGACCCCGAGGGAGAGAACGGACUGAACUCCUGA